AUGAUUCAAAUACUGAAAUUGCCUGUGGCUAUCAGGUCUCACUUAUUCGAGACCGUGUUCAAGCGAUCGUUCUGUUCGUCGUCAAGUCUUCAGGCUUCGGGCCAUGAAAAUCCUCUGGGACUCCCACGCUCCGGAACGCCUCCGAAUCUUGCAGCUCGAAUGAAAAGAGGCCUCCCCGAAAAGCGACCCAUCCCAAAUGUAACCAAAGUCAUCGCCGUCAGCAGCGCCAAAGGCGGCGUAGGCAAAAGCACCAUAUCCAUCAACCUCGCCCUCGCCCUCGCCCGUCAAGGCCUCCACACCGGAAUCCUCGACACGGACAUCUACGGACCCAGCAUACCAACCCUCCUCAACCUCGAAGGCUACGAACCCUCCCUCGACUCCUCCAACCGCCUCCUCCCCCUAACAGCCUACGGCCUCAAAGCCAUGUCAAUGGGCUUCCUCGUCCCACUCGACAGCCCCAUCGCCUGGCGCGGCCUAAUGGUACAAAAAGCCAUGAACCAACUCCUCUUCGACGUAGCCUGGCCGAAACUCGACGUCCUCGUCCUCGACCUCCCCCCCGGAACAGGAGAUGUGCAAUUAACCAUCACCCAAAGCGUCGAAUUAGCCGGCGCAAUAAUAAUCUCCACCCCCCAAUCCCUCGCCCUCCGCGACGCCACGCGGGGAAUCUCCCUCUUCGAGAAAUCCUCCAUCCCCAUCCUCGGCAUGAUCCAAAACAUGUCCACUUUCACCUGCACCACUUGCUCCACCACGCACGACAUCUUCGGCCUCGACGGCGCGAAGCGGAAAUGCUCCGAACUCGGAAUCCGCUUCCUGGGCGACGUACCGCUGCACGCGAGUAUUUGUCGAGACGCGGAUGCGGGGAAGCCGACGAUGGUGAGUGAGCCGGAGGGGCAGCAGGGGAGAGCGUUUGCGGGGAUUGCGAGGGAUGUGAAGGGAUUGUUGGGACUGUGA